UUUUAGGUUGGCAGAAUACUUGUGAGAGUGUAGAUGACAUAAAAGCAACGUUAUCAGCUUUAUCUACUGAAGUGGACAUUGGCGUCCUUUAUCGUGGUCUUGAUCCGAAAAACAAGCAUUACUUAGUUUCUGUGGUUUGCUACUAUGGACAGCAUUAUCACUGCUUUGCUUACAGUCGUGAUCGUGGACAGUGGAUCAUGUAUGACGACAAAACCGUGAAGGUAAUUGGUGGCUGGGAUGAUGUUCUAGUUAUGUGUGAAAGAGGGCAUUUGCAACCGCAGGUCCUUUUUUUCGAAGCUGUAAACUAGUCCAGCUCAGCAAAUGGUACCUCUCCAAUAGUCUAAAGAUGAUCUGGAUUUUCGCUGGUUUCUUUGAAGCUGUAAUCUAUUUCAGCUUAGAAAAUAUACCUCCAUAUACUGCAAUGAAGAUGUGCCAUUGGGCUUCUCCGUUCAAUCGUCGAAGGCAAGAUGAUACUUGUGCACUAAUGUUAUUCAAUUGACCUGCAAAGUUACAAAAUCAUGUGAGAAACUGUACUAUACUGUCAGAAGUUUGUCUGGAUGAUGAGAAAGUAAAGCAAUUGGCCUGCUACCAAGGAAAACUUCUUCGAAUUUGUGUAUUACGAUGGAAUUUUUCAGAGGAUAGGAAAGAUAAGUGUAAGUUUUGGUGCUCUUGAUACCUGGUAGCAUUGGAAGAGUCAAGUUUUUGCAGCAUCCGGAAAUUUUGGAAUCCUUACAAUAAGGUGGCGUGGUUGAAGAGAGAAGUACUAGCCACCAGUUACCUGGUCAUGAGGAACGUAUAGAUGUUUGAUUUUGCGUUGGCAACAUAACCUGGUAUUGCCAGAUAUUGCUUCUGUACACAGGAAAUUCUAGGUAAUGAUCAUAUAUCUUCCUUUUUCAAUGUAAGCAUGUCUGUAUAGAUUGGUCUUUGGUCUUUAGUCUUUAAGUGAUGCAGCCAAUAGUAAGUCUUCCUUCAUUUAUUUUGUUUUUCCCUCUUUGAGGAAAAAAGAAUUUUGGGUGCCCAGAUUGUUAUGGGAACUUUGUAUUACGGAUGUCUACGAUAAUUUAAUGAAAGGGAAGACACUAUAUUUGUUCAUCAAGCAAAAAAGUACCUCAGUAA